AUGACCAAGGACUCUAACUAUGCUAAGACUUCAAAAGCCUUGCCUUCUGGUGAUGGGAAAAAGAAAUGGACUACUUUGGUGCACAACGGUGUCACUUUUCCACCUUCGUAUAAACCUCAUGGGAUUAAGAUUUUAUAUAAGGGGAAGCCAGUCAGCUUAUCUCCUGAGCAAGAAGAGGUUGCAACCAUGUUUGCUGUGAUGAGGGAGACAGAAUAUUAUAAUAAACCUAAAUUUAGGGAGAAUUUCUGGAAUGAUUGGGGAAGACUACUUGGAAAGAAUCAUGUGAUACAGAACCUGGAUGAUUGUGACUUUACCCCCAUAUAUGACUGGAAUUUGAAACAGAAGGAGGAGAAGAAAGGUUCGAAAGAGCAAAAAUCGAAACAGGGGGAGAAAUAUAUGUGGGCUAUUGUCGACGGUGUCAAAGAGAAGGUUGGCAAUUUUAAAAUUGAACCUCCUGCGCUAUUUCGAGGUCGAGGAGAACAUCCCAAGAUUGGAAAAUUGAAAAGGCGUAUCCAUCCUUGUGACAUCACUUUAAAUAUCGGUGAAGAUGCUCCUAUCCCUGAAUGCCCCAUCCCUGGUGAAAGAUGGAAAGAUAUAAAGCAUGACAACACAGUCACAUGGCUAGCUAUAUGGAAUGAUCCUAUUAACAAAAGAUACAAGUAUGUUUCUCUGUCAGCUAGCAGUUCUCAAAAAGGCCAACGCGACAAGGAGAAGUACGAGAAAGCUAGGAAGCUUAAGGACUACAUCGACAGUAUAAGAGCAACUUAUACCAAGAAUUUUACGGCUAAGGAUGUUUCAAAGCGACAAAUAGCUGUGGCUACCUAUCUCAUUGAUAAAUUGGCACUUAGAGCUGGUAAUGAGAAGGAUGAUGAUGAGGCGGAAACUGUUGGUUGCUGUACAUUAAAAGUAGAAAAUGUGGAGUGUAUUCCUCCAAAUAAGUUAAAGUUUGACUUCCUUGGUAAAGAUUCAAUCCGAUAUGUGAAUACGAUCGAGGUUGAACCUCCUGUUUACAAAGCCAUUGGACAGUUUCGGGCUGGUAAAUCCAAUUCAGACGAUCUUUUUGAUGAGUUAGACACAAGCAAACUAAAUGCUCAUCUUAAGGAGCUUAUGCCUGACCUCACAGCUAAAGUAUUCCGUACUUUCAAUGCAUCCAUCACGUUGGAUGUAAUGUUGAGGCAAGAAACCAGAGAUGGAGAUGUUGACCAGAAAGUAGUAGUUUAUGAGCAAGCAAACAAGGAGGUUGCCAUAAUUUGUAAUCACCAGCGUAGUGUUCCAAAGUCUCACGGUGCACAAAUCGGUAGAUUGGCUGGAAAAAUAGAACAACUCAGGGAGGGUCUUAAAGAACUUAAAACCAAUCUCGAGAGGGCUAGAAAGGGAAAAGCUCCAUUGGAAGGUGCAGAUGGAAAGAAAACGAGGAACAUAACUCCAGAGGCGUGGGAGAAGAAGAUAGCUCAACAGAUGAAGAAGACGGAGAAGCUGGAAGGAGACAUGAAGUCAAAGGAGGAAUUCAAAACUGUGUCGCUGGGCACGUCUAAGAUGAAUUACUUGGAUCCUAGGAUCACGGUCUCGUGGUGCAAACGUCAUGAAGUACCCAUUCAAAAGAUGUUUAGCAAGACUCUUCUGGAGAAAUUUACGUGGGCAAUGGACGUUGAACCUGACUUCAGAUUCUGA